AUGCCACAUUCCAUAUUGAAUGUGACUAGUCAACCCCAUUAUACCCCAGGAAGUCCAAUAGACUCAGGAUAUGACUCCAGUUCUCCAACGCGGACUCCACGAACGCCCACGAGGAUUGUAGAUAGCCUUACAGACUCGUGUUAUGGCUCCUACUCAAAAUCAAAGAAAAGAUUCGAUGCUAUAGACAGGAGAAAGGACGCCUGUGACUUUCGAGAACUAAAUAAUCAAUACCAAACAAAUCUUGCCAUCAGACAACGCUACGAUGGCCCGUCUGAUGAUCAACCACCUCCCAGCGUCACUACUCUACAUAGGCUGAAACCUAGCGUAACAGCUCGACGUCGACCAGUAAUCAAUAGUUGUGAUUCAAACUCCACCCAAAAAUCGACAACGCUUCGGCAUCCUGACAGAUUUGUGCCUACUCGCUCUUUGUCUUCCUUAGACCUUGCAACUCAGACAUUCCGUGCUAACAAGGACCCGGCGAGUCUUACGUCUGACGAAAAGCUUCUUAGAAACAAGUGUGCUAGCUGGGAUUCUUUCAAUCCGCGAAGAAGGGUGACGUCCCCAGUACCGCGGGCAAGCAGACCUCCAGAGCGGCGGAACGUGUCUGGAAAUCGAAGCGGCGGGGCUAGUAUACUUUCUUUCCACAGAGAACCACCGGGACCUGAUGGUGAACGACAGGUAAGUGUCGGUACUGUCUGGACUGUUGGGGGUCUGGCGCCCUUUACAGCAGGCGUUUCAAACGGUCGGGGUCGCCUAAUGGGCAGUGGAACGAAUGCGCGGCUCUACACAACUUCGUUUUCUGCUUCCAAACCAAAAGCACAAGAUGAACUGGACAAGCAUGAAGGACGGCUCGCUGAGGCAUUGGAAUUAGACCGUACUGCCAGAGUUUUUGAAUUUCGAGAUUCUCCAAUCGUUGUCAAGAAACGUCCUACAAAUGGCAGACCUCGGUCUUGGAUGGAACAAAAGACUGUGUGGAAAGGUACUGAGUGGGUGAUGGAUGGCCCGGAUCCGAAAGUUCAAGUCACCCAGGAACCCCGUACUCUACCAAUGGCUCCAUUCAAAGUUCUAGACGCUCCUGGCUUACGAGACGACUUCUACUGCUCAGUCUUAGCUUAUUGUGUAACCGUACACACGCUGGCUGUAGGACUUGGUCCACUCCUUUACGCGUGGUCAGAGAUGCAAGGAGUACACCUGCUCAAUGCAGGGCCACAAAAUGGAUCUUGGAUCACAUCACUUGCAUUUUCUUCCGCCAGUGGUGGGAAGUCAAUUCUCGCCACUGGAAGAUCGGAUGGAUCACUUACACUUAUGUCACUAUAUGACAGUAUGAUUGCACGAUUUGAGAUUCUUCAGCCUUGUCCAAUUGCUUGCAUAACCUGGAGGCCAAGAGUUACGGUCAGGCCUUCAAAAUGUCCACUUACCCCUAGCAUAUCGGUAAAGACUGAGGAUCUACUUGUCGGUGACGAGGUAGGAAACAUUUAUUACUAUUCAGUGGAGUGGCCAGAUUCGUGGGAAGUUACUCGCAAUGGGUGGUCCGGCUCAAUGACCUUAGUUACCAAGAUUUCCGUCCAUACCCAGCAAAUAUGUGGAUUGUCUUUCAAUGCGGAAGGAAAUUUAUUCGCCACUGGAGGAAACGACAAUCUCUGCUGCUUGUUUCAAUCCAGUUCUGUGCUGCACGGCUCAGCUGGAGAUGACGCGACGUCUGGGCAGGUAAUGACAGCGGCAGACGGCAACCAUCGUGUCCAUACCAUUCAGGGGAAUGCUUCGGUGAGAGAAAUUGUAUCCGGGGCGGAGAAGCACCGCUGGCUACACGGUGCUGCUGUCAAAGCAAUUGCCUUUUGCCCCUGGCGCGAAGGCCUGGUUGCCACUGGCGGUGGAAGUAACGACAAGUGUAUCCAUUUCUACCAUACAUCCUCCGGAGCAUGCUUAGCCACUAUCAGCGUGUCUGCUCAAGUGACAUCCUUGAUUUGGUCAACCACGCGUCGAGAAAUCGCCGCCACAUUCGGCUAUGCUCAGCCCGAGCACCCAUAUCGAAUCGCAGUCUUUUCGUGGCCUGAAUGUAAGCAGGUUGCAGCAAUACCAUGGGAGGGCGAACACCGUGCUUUGUACGCUAUCCCGUAUCCCGGCGGACCAAACGAGAGCCAGACUAGCAGAGAAGGUGGACGGGGACUCACUCGUACCGCUAAGGAAGGUUGUAUUGUUGUUGCGUCAAGUGAUGAAAGUGUCAAAUUUCAUGAGGUUUGGACUGCUAAUCAGAAAGCUACUGCGGGUGGUGAAGGGUUACUUGGUGGUAGCGAGAUUCUUGAAGCGCUGGAGGGUAUUGAUAAGGAGGGUGAUGUGAUUCGGUGA